AUUCUCCACUUCCGGUGCCCGCCGCCUUCUGGGUCCCGAGCGAAAGUCGUCCGGACGCGGCCGCCGGCUCCGCGGAUGGUUCCGCCCCAAAGGGGGCAGCCGGGAGCGGGGACCCUGUUCUCGGCUCCGGUCAGGCGCAGCGGCAGGCUCCGGCCCCGGGCCGGCAUGGAGCGGAGCCGCCUGGGGCGUGAGCAGCGCCCCGUCCGCGGCCACCCGGGGCGGAUCCGAGACCCGCCCGCGCAGCCUGGCGCGUCCUGCGGAGCCCUGCGGAGCCUCCCUCCCGGACUGGCCCUGGGGCCCUCCCUCGCCCAGGAACCGGGCAUGGGCGUGUGGUGCGUGGGGAGAGCCCUGCCGCCGGGAGCGCUCCUCGGGCCCCGGGCGGAGCGGGAGCCGGACUGUGCCGCAGAGACAGCGCCCUCGGAGGCAAGUCAGUCUGGCUGCUGCUGCAGUGAUGAAUCCAUUUGUGAGAGGAGCCCUAGCUGGAGGAGCUUGGUGAAGCGAGGCCGGGGGGAGGAUGAGGCAAACGUGGCUUUGGUGUGGAUCAGUGGAAGGCUCCACAUCCGAGUGCGGCAUCCUAUUGCUGCAGGCACUGAGUUGCUGUACUGGCCUACAGAGGCCCAACCUGGUCCUGCCCAAGUGGAGGGGAGAAUGCUGCAGAGCGCAUCGGAGGGGAUAGCUGUUCCUGAUGAGAAGCAGCCAAAGGGGCAGCUGGCAGUGGCAGCUGUGACAGAGACAGCAACUCCAGAGGCAGAGGCUGUAGUGCAAAGGGAAGGAGCCUCUCCAUGUGGGAAUGCAUCAGAGCCCUUUGCAGGGGAUCCUGAUAACUCCAAGGUGAUGGAGAAUGAAACUAGAGCCGAAGGCAGCAGGCAGCCAGCCAAACGUUCCCACAGGCUGCAAGACAACAGCAGGAAGGAGGAGGAAAGCAUGACCUCUGGACAUGAGCCUGGGGAUGUCAAGGUGCAGAGGAAAGAGAACCAGCACCAUGAGAGCACCUCAGCAGCUAAGGCUAACAGCAAAUGCAAAGAAGACUCAGUCAAGGAGAUGGACCCCCAACCCAAGGCCGAGAGAGCAGAUGGGGAGCCAAAAGAGGCAUGUCGUGGGAAGUUCCAUCUGCCGUUGUCUCCCCCAAAUGGGGUUCGACUCAGCGCUCGCUUGGCUGGGAAGCCGCGCAAGGUGCAUGCACUGACCAGCCAGUGCCUGCAGGAGUGCAAUGCUAGGGUGUCUGGGCAGGAGGCCAAGAGGCCAAGCACUUCUGAGGGAGGUGGUGCAGAGACACGCAAGAAAGUAGGGCAGGUUUCCAAAGGCCAUUCCAAACUAGAGCCCCUGGAGCAAAGGAAGAAGGGCCUGUCUGAUGGUCCUGAUGAGCUGGACAAGUACCCAGAAGUGGAGGUCAGUAUUACACCCAGGCUCCCAGAAGGCCCCUCCUCCAGUGCAUCUCAGCAGAAGUCCCUGCCACAUGGGGAUGAGGCUGGUGAGCGCAGGUAUCGCUGUGGGGAGUGCGGCAAGGCCUUCCUCCAGCUCUGCCACCUCAAGAAACACAGGUUCACCCACACUGGCUACAAGCCUUUCCUGUGCACUGAAUGUGGCAAGAGCUACAGCUCUGAGGAGAGUUUCAAGGCCCACGUGCUCUUCCAUCGGGGUGUGCGCCCCUUCCAGUGCAAGCAGUGUGACAAGGCCUAUGGCACUAAGCGGGACCUGAGGGAGCAUGAGGUGCUGCACACGGGUGAGCGGCCCUUUGCCUGCGAGGAGUGCGGCAAGACAUUCGCCCGCCGGCCUUCCCUCCGCAUCCACAGGAAGAUCCACCUAAUGAAGGAGCUCAACCUAGCCAAUCCCAAGGUAUGCAAGUGUGCCAUCUGUGAGCGUUACCUGGCCAACCCUGGCUCCCUGCGCAACCACAUGCGCCUGCACACUGGGGAGAAGCCCUACAUAUGCCCCUACUGUGGCAAGGACUUCCGGCAGCAGGGCAACCUGCGUGGCCACCUGCGGCUCCACACCGGCGAGAAGCCCUACAAAUGUCGCUUCUGUGGGGACGCCUUUCCCCAGCUGCCAGAGCUGCGGCGGCACCUCAUCUCCCACACUGGGGAGGCCCACCUGUGCACGGUAUGUGGCAAGGCGCUGAAGGACCCCCACACGCUGCGGGCCCAUGAGCGCCUCCAUACCGGCGAGCGCCCUUUCAAGUGCGAGCAGUGUGGCAAGGCAUACACGCUGGCCACCAAGCUGCGCCGGCACCAGAAAUCCCACCUGGAGGACAUCCCUUACAAGUGUGAUGUCUGUGGCAUGGGCUAUACCCUUCUGCAGAGCCUCAAGCGCCACAAGGUCACCCACAAGGGGGCCAGAGACUCCAUUAAGCUGGUGGAGGCUGCGGUCUUGCUGGGCAUGGACAUGCCAAAGGCUGCAAGGAAGAGGCUCAAAAGGAAGGUCCCUCAGGAGGCGGGUACUGAGGAGCCUACAGUGCUCAUGGUGCAGUCAGUGGAGAUGCCAGCACCAAUAAAUGAGGCAGAGCUUAUGAUAACUGCCAAUGGGCAUUACAUUGCCACUUACCAGCCCCCAGGCAGCCCCCCCGAGUCUGGGGUGCGCAGGGUGCUGGGCAGCGCAGCCCCUGCUGGGCACCUGGAAACAAACAAUGACAUCAUUGAGAUCACGAUCUCUGAGCACGACCACAAAUGUAUCAUCAUGCAGGACGAAGGCUCCUCCAGUGACAUGGUCAUCAUCCAGGAGGGUGUGGGUUUCGGUGCUGUAGCCGAGGUGGUGGAGGUAGAGACGGGGACCUGACACCCAGCCUCUUUCCAACCCCUGUUUGACUUCUCUACAGCUGUACAGAAUAUAAAAUCUAUUUUCUAACUUGUGUGUGGUGUCUGUGUUGCUGGGAGACCAGGCCCUACCAUGCAGGAUGAGUGGCCAGCAGUGCUUCACAUCUGUUCCUGGAGAGGUCAGGAGUGCGUGACAAGGCCUGGACUACACUAGGAAAUUAUGUUGGUGUAACUGCGUUGGUCAGGGAUGUGAAAAAUACGGCAUGGUCAGCGCUAAGUUGACGGGAGAAUUCUCCUCUUGACUUAGCUACCGUCUCUCAGGGAGGUAGGUUACCUACGUUAAUGGGAGAACCCCUCCCAUCAGCACAGUUAGUGUCUUCACUGAAGAACUACAGCAGCACAGCUGCACCACUGCAGUGUUUUAAGUAUAGACAAGCCCUAAAUAUCAUUAACCCGGGUCUCUGGCAGCUUCCCCAAUCUGUUGGAAAUCUAUAGGUAGCGUGUGCUGGGCCUGGUGAAAGGAAAACACUGGCUGAUGGAGUGAGAAACUCAUUACAGAGGAAAUCCCACCUAUAACUAAUGCAAAAGACAGUGCCACUGCUGUCCUGCCCCCAGACUGCUUAAGGGUUAAAUGAGCACCAUUGCUCUGUGGUGAAGGCAAGGGUGAGCACAAACAAGCAGCUAGUGAAUCAGUUUUGAUCACCCCUCCUCUCCUUGCUUUCGUUUAGUUCCACAGUUGCACUGCAGU